CAUACUCAAAUAUGAAUGUAAGAUUUAAGCAAUUGCUAUUGGAAUAUCUUUUGAUCACAUUGGGCUAUAAUUUUGGCAGAUCAUACACUAGAAUCUUAACUGGUUCUGCAGUUGACACAAUGGUAACAUUACAUUCACGUUAUUGCGGCCGCAGACCAGACUGUGAUGGAUUAGUGGAGAAACAAAACCGUUCGCUAAUAUCAAAUAUGUCAAGUAAGAUUUGUUGUGAAUGGUGCUCUUGUAAUGUGUCUACAUGUAUCAAUCACACUAACGUAGGUAAAUUAAACUGUUGUCCAGAAGUGCUUAAUCAAAUUGGCAAUGUUUUCGAAAUGAGCAGAUGCAUUCAUCCUCAACUUAAACCUUGGCACCCAGAUACUAGUAUAGAACCUGCCAUAGUCAUGACUGAUAAAUGUCGUCAUUCUGAAACUGCUCUAGAUAUUAUAGACAAAUGUGAACGUAGCACGAGUUAUAGCGACUUGGAUACAAAGAUACCAGUGUCUGUUGUUUUGUAUGAUGACGUCAUCACAUAUCGUAACCGUUACUGCGCGUAUUGCCACAAUUUGGACGACGUUCAGCUAGCUUACUGGAGACCAAAAAUUGACUGCUACCAGCAAACAUUUGACAUCACUGUAAUUCCUUUGAACCAAAUUGUUGAAGAGGUACAAAGAACUGAAAAAUGUAAAUUAUAUUUUAUUCACCCUGCAGAAGUGCACCCGUCAUAUUUACAACAGUGUGGUGGGAAAGUUAUUUCAGAAUGCAAUAUGACUGGUCUUUGGAGAGAGUACGACCAUGUAAUGGCCACGGCGUGUUCGGCAUACUAUUCAGGCUUUCAAGGUACUUACAGAAAUAUAUUUUGCUACAUAUGCAACACUGGGUAUGAAUAUGAGGCUAGUAUUCCAAAGUGCACAGGAGAAGACACCAGUUCGGUUUCCUUUUCCCUCGUGUUGAAGUUCAUACCAUCUGAGAGUCAAAACAAUGAUCAGAGGACGGAUGAGUUUGAAUGUUCUAAUGCUGGUAUCUACGAUCUAGUACAGGAGAAAUGUCUAACAGUUAAAUGUCUGUUAUCUCAGGUCUAUGCCGACGGAAAAUGUCAGCAAAUUGCGGAGAGGAUUGGAGGAUUUGUGUACAAUGUUUUUCUGAAAAUAACACCAGUUAAAAGCAUUGUUUAUAACGAUGAUGUUGAGACUGCUUUUAAAUCCUUUUUAAACAACUGGCUUAGAAAAGCAGGGUUGCAACGUUUUAUGUGGGACUUACAAAUAUCGUGCCGAAAACGUUCAAACACAAAACCAUUCGGUGACAUCAUAAUUGAAUAUUUCUCGAUUCAUCUUUUAUUAGGUAUGACGGCAUUUUAUAUUGAAACGUACAUGACAGGUUUUCUACCUAUCAAAUGGCUCCUCGAACAACACAACCGCAAUCUAUCAGUAAAAGUUAGUGAUACAGAAUUUUUCUUAUUCAAUGUGCAGUUCGAUAUUGGUGAUUUUGUAACAAAUUAUACGGAUGUGUCAACGGAAGAAUUUGGACAGUAUGUUCCAACACUUCUGCCAGUUCAUCUCUGUCCACUUGUUGAAUUAAACACUUCAUUUUACAACGUAACAUAUAACACGAUCGGUGUCUACAUCAAGGAAUAUGAUACUAAAAUCAAAAGUAGCGAGUACAUAAAAACUAAUUCAAGUGUAAUUAUUUGUACAGAAACAUUUAGGCUCCUCACUGAAGCUAAUAGACUGAAACAAAAACCAACACAGAAAAAUGAUGAAAUGAAUUUACCCUUGCCUAGCACUCCUCAAGGAAUCUUAUCUCUUGUUUGUUCAAGCUGUUCUAUUGUUUGUUCAGCCAUAACUCUCAUUGUUUAUGUGCGAAUAAAGAGCAUUCGUACGCAACCUGGGAUAAACAACGUAAGUCUGAUUAUGAGCCUAAUUUGUGCACAAGCGUUCUUUCAGUUUGGCAUCGGGCAAUCCGAAAAUACUUCCCUAUACAUAUGUAGCCUUAUUGGGGUUCUUAUCCACUACUUUUGGCUUGUAACAAUUCUUUGGAUGAAUGUUUGCUCUUUUCAUAUGUUCAGGGUAUUCUGUCAAUUACGGAUUGUAGAUCAUACUCAAAACGUUCUAAGAACCACGUGUUUCUACUGGUUCUACUCUUUAUUCGCCGCACUGGUUCCUAUUCUCGUUAAUAUUACCAUAACGUAUGUGACAAGUGGAGUAAUUGGUUACGGUGGAAAAUUAUGCUACAUAUCGGAAUACAAAAUGGUUGGGUAUUGCUUUUCCCUCCCUGUUGCAGUUGUCAUUGUGGCAAAUCUUUUGAUGUUUAUUGUUACAAUACAAAGAAUUAGUACUCAAUCGGAAGUGAACAAAGAGCGUCGAGAAGAGAAAAAAUAUUUACUUAUAUAUGCGAAAAUGUCUACUCUGACAGGAGCUACUUGGAUAUUUGGAUUUUUGUAUUUUUUCACCAACUUUUCCGCGUUUGAAUAUUUAUUCAUCAUCUUAAACGCCGGUCAAGGUAUAUUUCUGUUUCUAUCGUUUGUCUGUAACGCACGUGUUAUGAGGUUGCUUAGAAAAGCGGAUCAAAACAAUGCAAACUUGUCGCAGAACAAUUAAAUCUUUUUGAGUCGGUUAUGGUUACUGUUCUUAGUUUAUUUCAAACUUGCAUUUAAUGUGAAAUGCGCCUAAUUUGAAGUUAUUGGGUUCCAUUUCGACAUUUUGUUUAAUAUAAAAUUCAGCAUAUUCCUCAUAGAAUAUGUUGAAUUUUAUAUUAAACAAAAUGUCGAAACGGAACCAAACAACUUCAAAUCAGGCGCAUUCCACCUUGAACCAGACCAAUUUUUAAGCUAUUUUGUCUGUCUGCAAUAUUUUGUGCCGGUACAACUAUAUCUAGAAAAACAGUGACGUAGAAAUAGAUAAAAUUUGGAAGUACAAACAGCUACCGGAAAACAGUUUGUGAAGUUGCUGUCAUUUUUCAAAAUGUUAUUUGAUAUCAGAUACGUUCUUGGUCUAAUUUUAAGACUGACCUGAAUUGCCGAGACGAUGUCUUUUUAAUUAAGGGUAUGCGUCAAAUGGGCAUAGUAAGCAGGUCAAAAGGUGAAAAAAUAAAGCAAAAGAUUUCUUAAUUCAGAUCAUUAAUUUGCAUCAUUGCAUGAUUAGUUAAACAGACUGACCUGCGCGUUUCAGAUUGAUAAAGUCAACCUUUAUAGUGACAUAAGGAGAUUCCUGAAUCACAAGUGCCUAAAUAAAUAGAAUAUAUGAGGUUGCGGAAAUUAUUGUUUAUUAUGUAGCAGCCAUGUUUUA